CGCGCUUAGGGUACGAAUUAAACACGCGACGCAGCGGCUAAUGUUGCCAAGGUGCUCAUCUGAUUUUUUUUCAUCGAAAUAUCGUUUAUUAAACAAUAAGAUGAAUCACACAAGACGGAAUUUACACCGGUCAAAUGUGAUUUGUUGAUUUUAGUUCUUUUUAGAUUUCCGAAGUGUUUAUAUAGCUAGUUUGUGUUUUAUUAACUAUUAAGUCAGAUCUCUUGAAAUGGCUGAUACGCUGGAAACCCUGUUUUCCUUCGAGUUGAUGGUGGACUUCAUACGGAUCGACAAACUGAAGCUGAAGCCUGCGGUAGGGGUGCGGCUUCUAGAUUUCCCAACUUUACUCGUUUAUCCGAAAGAUAGUGAGGAAUCCGUGUCCCAAGACGACUCCGACAGUGAAAAGGAAAACAUAUCAGCCUCCGACGGUCUGCAUCAACCUCAGUCCGCAAGCACUGAGUACAGUUUCCAAAGGGGCAAGUCAUGUUUGUUCAAAAUACGCCUUGAUACACUUCAUGCGCAUCUAUCCAACACGCCUCUGUAUGUAAUGGUCUUAGAUCUACGAAGUAAUGUUCCUAAAUUUUUAGGAGGGUCUUUAAUCUCUUUAGAUAAACUGACAGACGGGAUCAAAGCGGACGUUAACGAGAAUGGCAUCUGCACUCCGUCUUGUCACGGAGAGCGCAGUCUGUUUGCAAUUUGCAAUCUAAUGGGAGAAAAAAUAGGUUAUAUUUCAUUAGGAUAUAAGCUUUUAAGCCUGGGGGCGACUUUGAUACCCCACAUUCCCGAGAGCAGGAUUUAUAAAGUAAGUUCUGCCCAAAGGACACCUACACGCAACUUAUUGUCAGAUGCGGCUGAUACCAAGGUAAAUAGUGAAAGCGAUCCUGCAGCGAUUAAACCACAUGUUAAUGAAUAUUCAGUACUUAACCCAAAAGCUGAAAUAGAAGGAAAGUUGAUCGACCUCAUCGUAUCGGACGCAAAGUCAAAAGCUGGCCGCGCUAAAUCAACCGGGACACAAACUGAACAUACAAAAAAGAAAGCAAAGCUUGUUAACCAUCGUUAUAAUCAAACCACCUUUGAAAAUGAAAUGAAUCCCGAUAUUUUUUGUCCUCCGCCACUGUAUUAUAGCCGUUCAGAAAAGGAACGCAAUUCUAACCGAUACCAGUCAGGAAACUUCGGAAGGGAAGUUCUUGUGGCUGAGAACAAUUCUGAAGAUGAAACUCAAGAGCAUGAAAAGGGUAACCAUGCCCAGAGCGUGGCAUGUCAUUCCAGGGGAAUAUCUACAAGCAACACAUUAGCUCAGCAGACUACUGUUGCAACAGCAGCACUUGGAGAUGCCUUAAGACAAAUGCCGUUACUGAACAGUCUUCUGGCAGAACUCUCUCAGUUAUACAUUCAGACCCAGCAGCAGAUAGCCAUCCCCAUCCAGCCGCUGGCCAGGCUGUGCCAGCCCACUGCUGACCAACCUUGUGGUGCUGCUGCUGCAGAUGAGGAGUGCAGGCCAUGGACCCCCAAUGCCAGUGCAUCACCUACACAUGGAAGCAAGAUGCCACGUGGUCCCAAUGCUAGGCACAGCACAUGCCUAGUGUGCGCUGAAGCCUUUCCAUCCUCUUCCACUCAGAAAACAAGGAGGGCAAAACAGAGUUCAGAGACUGCCAACCCCCCCAAGCAGUCGCCUCCAAAGAGGAAACUGGUGUAUGGUCUGACUAACACACUCCGGCUCCGACUGCAGCAGACCAACCCUGAGGUGCUGAAGGUGCAGGAGCGCAUGGAGCAGCGUCGUAAGGGGCAGGUGGACAAGUUAAAAUGUAUUAACAACCAACGUCAUUCUCGGGCAGAAGCCAAAGGCGGUCAGAAGGUGGGAGAGGUUCUUAAUAGGGGAAAUAAGAUGGCUGAACAUGUUCAGAGAAUUUCCAGUGAGGCAAUAGCUGCUCCCCAGCUGCACUGUGCUCCUUCCCUAACCAGGAGCGGACAAGAGAAUGGUUCUUCCAAACCUGAAGGCAGAGGUCAAUUCUGUCCAUCUUCACCUCUUCGUGCUGUUUGCGGUAGUAACCCAGAGACAAAAAUGUUAACUUAUCACCAGGACAAGGAUGUGCACGUCCACAUUCCGUCUGCACUGGGAGAGAUCUCGGACACCAGUGAUGAAGAGGAGUCCCACAGCGGUGUUGGUCAUCCAACUAAAGUUCAUAGUACCAGCUUAGCUGAGAAGAUGAGCAUAGUUAGCAGCCCAGAUCCGCGAUGCUCUCAUUCUGAGAGCGGCAAUCUAGAGCCAGUUGAGUAUCCCGAUGAUUUUAACAGCUUUGAUCUCAGUGAAAGUUGUUCUCCUGAUCUUCUCAGCAGCCCUGAUCCUAUCUUGGACAACGAAAGACAGGAUGUCUCAAUGCACUGUUUUAAUUCAGAUAGUGAUUCUCAGAGUCGUCGAAGAGCAGCCCUUCCUGUCCCCAUCAGAGCUGACAUCUCCCCCAAACGGUCUCUGAAAGGCACCCAUGUCUUAGAACCCCGCACACAGAAAUUCCCUGUCAGCCUCUCAUCGGACGAUGGUGAGAGUAGAUCUGCCUCCACCCACUCUGGUAGGUUAAGACCUCAGCAGGUAGUCCAGGCUCCCUCCACUGCUGCUCCGGAACGUUCCGCCUCUCCUCUCAAGCGGUCCGGCACCCAGCUCGCCAGAUACUCCAGAGAUACCCCAUCGAUGGUAGACUCCUCCGUACCCACUGACACUUCUGAAUCUAUUUCCUCACCUGACCCAAAGGUGACCUCAAUUGAUCUCGAAGACGAGGAAAUGGAAGAUGCCCUUGGCUCGCUGGGACUUGUUAGCAAAUACCACCAUGUCUCAGAACUCAUAGUUAAUAAGCUCCCAGGGUAUACUCUUUGAGACUGUUUUGACUUCUUCCUUUUUGUUUGUGGUCAUUGGUCAAUAUAUCGGUUUAACAAACCCUUGCUACAAAUAUUAAAGUCAUGACCAGCAUCACUUCAGGUAUUGUCUUUGUGUUAAUAAACAUGGAUACUGAA